CGGUGGAAAAUUAAUACAGCGGAAAUAAACAUAACAUGAAUUUUACCCUCUUCACGCAGAUCUAGGGUUUCGUUCAUUUCACCAAUUUCAGGGUUUUGAGAUCCAGGCUAAAUUUUCCGAAUUCCUGUUUCUCGAUCCCUAAUUUUAAAUCCCUCUGGAUCAAGCAUAGUUUAUAUGUUAUUAAGGUGUUGAUAAUUUGAUCGGCAAAAAUGUCGGUGAAGAGCAAUGCUUCGAUCAGGGAUCGGACGCAGGAGUUUUUAGGGAUUGCGGAGAGGGCAAGGAAAUCAGUAUCGUUGCACAAUGGGCCCAGCAGCAGUGGAUCCAAGCGGGAGGAGCCGCCGCGGUCGGCGCUGGCGAUGCAAUCGGAGUUCAACCGGCGGGCAUCCAAAAUUGGGCUUGGGAUUCAUCAGACGUCGCAGAAGCUAGCUAAGCUGGCAAAGCUGGCAAAGAGAACAUCAGUGUUUGAUGAUCCUACCUUGGAAAUCCAGGAGCUCACUGCAGUCAUCAAGCAAGAUAUAACAGCUCUUAACUCUGGUCUAGUUGAUCUCCAGUAUCUCUCCAAUUCACGCAAUGAGAAUACCUCCAGUGACACCACUACUCAUUCUACUACUGUUGUUGAUGAUCUAAAGAAUCGUUUGAUGAGCACCACAAAGGAGUUCAAGGAAGUUUUAACCAUGCGAACAGAGAACCUGAAGGUUCAUGACAACAGAAGACAGUUGUUUUCGUCGUCUGCUUCCAAGAGCCAUGCAAAUCCUUUUGUUCGCCAGCGUCCUUUGGCUGCAAAGGCUUCAACUAGUAACUCAGCUGCCACACCUCUUCCAUGGUCCAAUGGCACACAAACUUCAUCCCAGUUAUUUCCCAAGACUCAAGUUGACGGGGAGUCCCAGCCUUUGCUGCAGCAGCAACAAAAUCAACAACUACAGCAAAUUGUUCCCGUACAGGACAGCUACAUGCAGAGUAGAGCCGAGGCUCUUCAAAAUGUGGAGUCGACAAUUCAUGAGCUGGGCAGUAUCUUCAAUCAGUUGGCUACAUUGGUAUCUCAGCAAGGAGAGAUUUCUAUCAGGAUUGAUGAGAACAUGGAAGACACGUUGUCAAACGUGGAGGGAGCACAAGGGGCUUUGCUCAAGUACCUCAAUAGCAUUUCAUCAAAUCGGUGGCUAAUGAUCAAAAUAUUCUUUGUGCUGAUUUUCUUCCUCAUGGUAUUCCUCUUCUUCGUGGCCUAGUCAGCUGUUGCACAGUAAGCAAAACUCGUAUUCGGCCGUAUAAUUUUUCAAAGUAUUUUGUAGUAAUAUUCUUUAUGUACAUCGGGACGGGAACCUUACUUCUGACGAGCUUCAGUGUAUUCUUACUAUAAGUGAAGUUGAAGACAGUUUGAAGUGUAAUGGAAAAUUUAUAUUUUAAUU